UAGAUUUUAACGAUUCAAAUAUGUGGUACUUAACUGUUAUUAGUCUGAUAACAAUAUUGGUAGUAAUAAUGAUACUGCGAUUGGAAGGCAGAAGAAAAAGAGUAUUGGCAAAUAAAAUACCCGGUCCCGAUGGUUCAAUUUUUAUUGGUAUGCUACCAUUAUUUCUACAAGGACCAGAAAAACUUAUCUUAAAUGGAUUUAAAGUGUACCAAAAGUAUGAAAAAUCUUUAUUCAAAGUAUGGGUCGUAAAUAAUCUAUACAUUGUGCUUACGCGACCUGAAGAUAUAGAGAUGGUUCUUACUAAUCCAAAAUUACAAAAGAAAUCUAAAGAAUACUUGGUUUUACAAGAAUCCAUCAUGGGCCAAGGAAUAUUUUCAAUCGAUGACAUAAAAAAGUGGAAGAGCAACAGGAAAAUGGUAUCUGGGGGAUUCAAUUUUACAAUUAUAAAAUCAUUUAUACCAAUAUUUUACGAAGAAUCUAAUGUCCUUAAUGACAUUCUGAAAAAAAAAUAUGAUUUGAAAUCGAAUGAGUGUGAUAUAAGUGUUCCUGUUAGUAUGGCUACAAUGGAAAUGAUCGGAAAAACUGCAUUAGGUGUAAAAUUAAAUGCUCAAAAUGGCGGUCGUCAUCAAUUUGUCGAAAAUUUACAAACAGCCAUGCACGCAUGGGAAUAUAGAAUUUCACAUCCGUGGUACUUGAGUAAAACAUUAUUCCGACUUUCAUCAGWMAAACAAAAACACGAUCAAAGUCAAAAAAUCAUAAACGAGUUCACAGACGAAAUAAUUAAUAAAAAACUUGAUGAAUUGAACCAAAAUGCGAAUAAUGAAAAACAAGUAAAAACAUGUGACGAAGAUGUUUGUCGAAAAACAAAAACCGUUAUAGAAAUUCUAUUAGAACACUAUCAUGAAAUGUCACACGAGCAAGUACGAGAUGAACUUGUGACCAUCAUGAUUGGAGGACAAGAAACUACUGCUAUGGCCAAUGCAUGUGCAAUUUUUAUGUUAGCUCAUCAUCCAGAUGUACAGAAUAAGGUAUUUGAGGAAUUGCAAUCGAUAUUUUCGAUUGGAGAUCAUAAUAGACCACCAACAUACGAAGACUUACAACAAAUGGAAUAUCUAGAACGAGUUAUCAAAGAAACAUUACGAAUUUUCCCUCCUUUGCCUGUGUUUGGCAGAAGUUUAGAUAAAGAAAUGAAAAUUGGAGAAAAUUUGUGUCCAGCAGGUUCAACACUAUUAAUCUGUCCACUAUUUAUACAAUCAAGUGAGCAGUACUAYACUGAUCCAGAGAAGUUUAACCCAGACAACUUUUUACCAGAUACAUGCCGCAGUCGACAUCCAUAUACCUUCAUACCAUUCAGUGCGGGAUACAGGAAUUGUAUUGGAAUCAAAUAUGGCAUGCUCCAAAUGAAAACCGUUAUAUCGACACUAGUGCGAAAUAAUACAUUUUUCCCGUCAGAAAGAUGUCCCACGCCUAAACACCUAAGAGUAAUGUUUUUAUCGACACUUAAAUUUGUCGACGGUUGCUAUGUCAAAAUAGUACCAAGAACUUCGUAG